GCCCCGUUGCUAGGGCCGCGCUGUUGCUAGGGCCGCUGCAGAGCGCGGUGGCGGCCGCCGCCGCCUUCCCGACCCGCUACCUCCGCCUCCGCCUUUCUCGGGCCGGGGUGAUGGUGAAGCUCUCCGCCAAGUGCCUGCUGGCAGGUGAUCCAGCUGUGGGGAAGAGUGCUUUAGCCCAGAUGUUCCGCAGUGAUGGGGCUCAUUUUCAGAAGAACUAUACAUUGACAACGGGCAUUGAACUGUUGGUGAAGGCUAUAUCAGUUCCGGAGACAAGUGAUAGUGUGGAAUUCUUCAUUUUUGACUCUGCAGGCAAAGAUCUAUUUUCUGAGAUGUUGGAGAAACUGUGGGAGCAACCAAAUGUCCUGUGCCUUGUGUAUGAUGUCACUAAUGAGCAAUCUUUCAGCAACUGUGCCAAGUGGCUGGAAAAGCUGAGGGCACAAGCAGUUGGAAUGCACAUCCCAGGUGUCUUAGUGGGGAAUAAAACAGAUCUGGUUGGUCGUCGAGUUGUGGAACAGAAGCAAGCACAGGAAUGGGCUGACAAACAUGGCUUGGAAUACUGUGAGAUGUCUGUAAAGGAGAUGAAAAACUUUGAGGCCCCUUUCAACAUCCUGGCAAAGUCAUUCUACCAACUGUACAAAGAAAAAGUGGAAACCUUUCACUCACUAGCUUGAGGGCCGUGACUGGGAUGACUUAACUUCAGAAAUUCUUCUAGUGCCCAGAAUCCUAUGGAUUGGAAUACAGAGAGAGGAAAAAAGAUGAGCUUUUUGCUUCUUCACAGUCAUCUUCUGGUAAUUCAAAAUAAACUAGAAAUAAGCGAA